AUGACAGCUACAGUCAAGACGUGGCGCGACAGCGCGUAUCUCAUCGUCUCCAUCAUUCAACUGACCGCCAUGCUCCUCAUGGACCUGGUCCCCUUCUACCCGCCCUCUCUCUACACGACACCAGCGUCGCCUCUGCACUUCCUCCAGCUCCUGCGUGACUUUUACAUCUCAACAUACAACGACCCUUUCUUCGUCGCGCCCCACGCCGGCCUGCCCUCGUGGUACAAGCUCUUCACCUACCUCGAAACCUUUUACCAGCUUCCCAUGACCAUCUGGAUGAUCCACCGCUUCUCUCGACGCACCGGCAGCACCCCCGGCUUCGAGCUCGCCGUGCUGGUGUUCUCCGUUGAGUGCGUCCUGACUACGCUGACCUGCAUCUACGACGUUUUCCACUGGGAUCCUUCAGUGUACAGCGACGCCCAGAAGAACGUCUUCAUCUUCAACUUGUACGGACCCUGGGUCAUCAUCCCGGCAUUGAUGGGGUUGGACAUGUGGCUGCGUAUUCUCAACCGCGUAAACUCUGCCGACAAGGCCAAGAAACUCCAGUAA